AUGAGGUUCUCCCAGUCCACCGUUUUUGCUAUUUUACCUGCUUUGGUUGUGGCACGCAAUCAAGGACAACAGUUUGCCCGUCAACACGAUCUUAACGCCCGACAAAAUCCUGCCACUGGCUCGACCACAACAGCCUCUGUGCCUGUCGGAACAAGUGCAUCGAGCGUGUCCGGAACGGCUGCAGCAACGCCAACACUGGCGACCACGUUUACUUUCAAGCUAGACGCGACUAACCCUACUGCAGUUCCUCUCUCCGUGAUCAAUGCGGCUCAGCCAAGUUCUGUCACCAAGCCUUUAGACUCUACUGCAGUACCAGGAACAAUUCCUACAUUCAUACCAAACGCACCUCCUCUCCCAAAUGCGGCGCUUUUAAAUCCUGCUAAUUAUCCAGUUUUGGACAAAGUACCCCCAGUUGAUUCCCCUGAAGUCAAGGGAUGGAUAGACGAGGUGACCGCGACUGGCAUUGUUAUACCUUCGUUUGAUCCUACGCAACCUGGCGGCUGCCCAAACAACACGGCAGCUGUUGCCGAUACUUCUAGGUGCUGGUGGACUUGCGGCGGAUGUACCCGUAGCACUGAUGUCACUCAGUGCCCGGCACCACUUAACUGGGGGUUGACAUAUGAUGAUGGCCCUGCGCCUUAUACAUCCAACCUUUUAUCCUAUCUUGACCAAACAAACCUUAAAUCGACUUUCUUCGUCGUUGGUUCACGCGUCAUUUCUUUCCCUGCUACGCUUCAAACACAGUUCCUCGGUCAACACCACAUCGCGGUCCACACGUGGAGUCAUCCAUCUUUGACUACCCUUACCAACGAACAGAUUAUUGCUGAACUUGGCUGGUCCAAAAAGGUUAUUAAGGAUGUUCUAGGAAUAACUCCUAAUUUGAUGCGUCCUCCUUUCGGAGAUAUCGAUGACCGUGUUCGAGCCAUUUCCAUGGCCAUGGGUCUUACCCCCGUUAUGUGGACUCGUAUCAGUCCAUUGGCUACGUUUGACACCGAUGACUUCAACAUUCACGGUGGUAUUACUUCUGUCCAGCAGGUCUUGCAAAAUUGGGAAAACAUCCUUGGAAACGCUACGACUAUGAGCAACGGGUUUAUUGUUCUUGAACAUGACCUCUUCGAACAAUCAGUCGAAGUUGCUACUGGUUACAUUCUUCCUGAUGCACUUGCCCACAAUCCUCCUUUCACUAUUAAACCCGUCAUCGAAUGCCUCAAUAAAAAUAUGGCUGAUGCUUAUAUUGAAACGAAUGACAACAGUACCAACCCGCCUGCGUUGUCUGCGGCUGUGUCUGCUGGUGUUGUAACUGUUACAUCGGCGCCAGCGUCUGCGUCGAAUACAUCUAAAUCAUCUGCGGUUUCUGGACAGUUUAAUGGCGCUGGAUUGGCCUACAUGGCUACAGUCAUUGCAGGACUUGCUGUUGGUGCCCUGCUCUCUUUGCCAUUCUGA